AUCACCGUUCUAUGUACUGGUCCACGUGCAAUUGUAUUUGGAAUAACUAAUCCAAAAUUAAAACCUGACAAUAUGCCUACAGAACGUAUUGUUACACAGAAAGUUAUCUUUGCACCAGCUAAUACAUUUCAUUUAUCAUCAACAUUAGCAAGUUUAUCAGUAUAUUUAGAUUCUGAAGGUCAACCAUCAGCAUCACCAGCCAAUCAUAAUGAUCCGUUGAAUAGAACCAUUUUAACAUCAAUUAGUUCACAACCACAAACUGCUGUAAUUUCAGUGAAAAAUUUAAUACCUGAUACAGAAUAUGUAUUUGAAUGGUCAUCGGGCAAUGAAUUCGGUUUAAGUGUUAUGAUACAAUUUACAUUAUGGACUAAAAAACUUGAAACUGCACCAACAAUUAAG